AUGAGCGACACUUAUGCUGCAAACGGACAGGGACUUGCUAUAAACGGCUACGAUGCGAGCCUAGAUAUUUCUGAUGCUACCAAUUACCUCACGAACGGGCACGACACAAACGGGGACACAGAACAAGGUGACAAUGUGAUAGUGGUCGGCGCUGGGCCUGUGGGCCUUCUCAUUGCCCUCCGCCUCGCCAAAGCCGGCAUCGCCACCACCAUCCUUGAAAUGCUUCCAUAUGUCGAACAGAGUCCACGCGCAGCAGUCUACCACGCGAUCUCGGUACGCGAAUUGGACCGCGCCGGCGUGUUGGAAGAUUGUCGCGCAAACGGCAGGACUAGCUCGGAUGUCUGCUGGCGGAAACUCAACGGCGAGAUCAUUGCAGCAAUUGAUCGAAAACCAUUGCCAGAUGAGAAGUACGAAGUUCUUGUCCUGGGACAGCAUGAGCUCGCCGAAAUCAUUUUGAAGCAUGUACGGCAAUGCAAAGAGAGUCAGGUUUUAUUCAACCACAAGGUUGUUGAAAUUCAGCAGGAUGAAAAGGGAGUGAGGGUGGCGGCCGCCACGCCUGAUGGCAUCCGGCAGUUUAGCGCAAGGUAUCUUGUUGGUGCAGAUGGCGGGCGGAGUGGUGUAAGGAGGCUGAUCAAUGUGCCGUUCGAGGGUUUUACGUGGCCUCAGUCGCUGGUCGCCUGUAACGUCAUCUAUCCUUUCGACAAGUAUGGGUACCAAAGUGGGAACUUUAUUGUGGACAAAGACCAUUGGUGUCUCAUAGCGAGCCUGAAUGAGCCGGGUCUGUGGCGUGUGUCCUACGGCGAGCUUCCAGGCUUGACACAUGAACAACUGAUGGAGAGGCAGCCGAUGAAGUUUGAAGCCAUUUUCCCUGGACCGAGACCACUGAAGUAUGAGCUGAAGAACGCGAGCCCUUAUCGCAUCAACCAGAGAUGUGCAACUACAAUGAAAAAGGGUAAUGUGUUGUUGGCUGGGGAUGCAGCGCAUUUGUGCAAUCCAUUCGGAGGGCUUGGACUGACCGGAGGUAUACUCGAUGCUGGAGCAUGCGCUGAUGCCCUGAUCGGGACAUUAAAACAGGGGUAUUCGGAGUCAGUGCUAGAGUGCUACGCCGAGAAGCGGAAGAAGAUCUGGCACGAUAUCAUCAAUCCAACUUCACAAGCGAACGUGAAGAGAAUUUUUGAGAACGACCCUGAUACAAUUGGUCAGACUGACCCAUUCUUGAAGAUGCUCAAUGAUCCGACCUUGGAUAAGGCGAAGCUCAGGGCGGGUGACGGACUUUAUGUCGACGUGCUUGCAGAUCAUAUGGUUUUAGGGGCAGACAAAUCGACUGUCGUCCCACUGCCGAGGAAUUGA